UAUAUGUUUAAACAAAUUAUAUUUACUUACUGUGAACAAAGUUUUCGGCAAUGUCAUUUAUAACUAAAAGAGAACGCGUAUUUAAUGAAUAUGAUCUAUUCGACCUUCCGGCACGAAAUGAAGGUAAACUGAAGGCCUACUCAUCAUGCACGGACGCGAGAGCCUGGUCUCACUUUUGUUCAGACAAAACAGAACACUUAGUCGAGAUCAUUAAAAGGAAUAAUGAAACGCAUCGACCCAAAUAUAUACCGACCGACGUGAUUGUCAAUACUCUAAUGACAUCCAAGAAUGCAGAGAUCGCUCGAUUGAAACGCAAGAUAGGAGAAUUUGAACAAAUGUUGGCUGCUUACGAUGACUUGGAUCUAACGUGUGAACAAAAAUGUGAUAUAGCUAAUGCUCAUGCAGCUAUUAAGGCAGCCAAUAAGGAACUGGAUGAAAUGUGCCUUGAUUUGGAUCUUUCUGGUUUCACAGAGGGAAUCGACUCAGAAGCGUUUGAGACUGGCAAAUCAAGAGGGGACGAGCCCAGUCGAUACACCGCGGAGCUGCUAAUGCUAAUGCUAAUGUUAUCUUUACAGACUGGUAAAUCACGUGGUUAUGAGUGGACUAUGGGAAAAGUAUCAACACCGAGAAUGGACACGAAAGGCAACCAAAUUGAAAUAUCUAAAAUGGAUGAAAGUACAUCUGCUCAUGAUAACAGAAUUGAUGAAUUACAAGAAACUAUCAUCUGCAAAGAUGCCAAAUUAAAUGCCAUGCAAAAUACCAUUGCGGUUUUGGAAAAUGACGUUUGUGAACCAUAUUGCAUUUACGCACAUAUUUAUACAGCAUUAGAAAAAAUAUUCGGAACGUUAUGCCAAAAUGAUAAAUAUAAACAAUAUUUGGAUUUAUUGACUAAUGGGAAAGACAUCAGAGGCAUAAAUAUUCAGGGGAAAAUUAUAUUUAAAAUUAAAGUUUUAGAGAAAUUCAGCCUUGCUCUAAUUGCUCCUUGCGCGCAGGAUUCUAGUUCAGUAAAAAAAGAUUGCUCAUGUUACCGAGCUGAAAUAGUAACACGUGUAGAAACUGCUUUUGCAUUAACGUCUGCUGAGAGCAAAAUACCUAGUUUAGAUACUAAACGAGCACAUCUUGUUGCUGACAUCAUGCAAAAUGAAGAUAUGAAAGAGAUACUCAGCAAAGACAGUUUAACUCAAAAAAUUGAAGACGAUCAAUUAGAUGAAUGUUUUGUGGUUGAAGAUGACGGUAUUAAUGCAAAAAAUCUUAAGCGUUUGAAAAAUUUACAAUUGAAUUAUGAUGAAUUAUUGAAUUGUUAUGAUAAUCUGAAACACGAGAGAGAUAGCCUUGUUGUACGUUGUCAAAAAUUCUUUGAAUUAGAAAGUGAGUGUGAAUGCUUACAAAAUAAACUUAGGGAAUAUAAUGAGCUAUGGAAAGACAGAGAAUAUUAUCGCAAGCGUUCGGAAGAUCUCGAUGCAUUAAAAGAAAAUUAUUAUGUACUUUCUGAAGAGACAGCGAGUAUUGAAACAAAAUUAAAGGCUGAGAAGGAAAUUAACAAAAAUAAAUCUGCGACCAUUGAUGAACUAAGAAACGAAAAUAUCAAGCUUGAAAACAAAAUAAGUGAAAUUUGUUUGUCUUAUGAAAAACAAAGAAAUGUUUUAAUUUGUAAAUUGAAAGAAUGUGAGUGUAAAAUGAUGUGCCAGGAUCAACAAAUAAAAAGCCUCACGAAUCAAAUUGAUAAUAUUUUAAAUGGAGAUAGCAACAAUAUUCUUCAAAAUGAAGAUGAUACACAAUCUAUGGAACUAAUGGAUGAAAUAAAAUCACAAAAGGAACAAAUAAUAAAUCUAAAGGAUGCGUUGUGUUGUAGUGAAGAGGAGAAACAAUAUUUUCAAGAGGAGUUUGAAAAAAAACUGGAUGUCAUCAAUGAGUUGAAGCUAGAAAUAGAGGCUUGGAAAAGUAAAUAUGAAAAUACUAAUCAAUAUUUAGAAAACUAUUUAGAGAAAUACCAAAUGCAAAUAAAUGAGUUACAAGAUAGUAAUAAUAGUGCUGUGGAAAAUUUAAACCAUAUCAUAAAUAGUAAAUCUCAAGAAAUUACUUUUUUAACUGACGAACUUGAUCGUAAAAAUGUUGAAAACGAGAAUCUCGUAAAACAAGUAAAAAGUAUCUACGACGAUUUUGAAAAUAAAGUGACAUUACUUGAAAGUGAAAAGAAAAUUGCAAUAAGCUCGAUCCAUUCCGCAAAAAAAGAAAGCUUAGAAAUCCUUCAAAAUGUCAAAAAUUACGAAAACACCAACAUUGAGGAAAGUAAUGAAAGUAUAGAAAUCAAUUAUCAAACAAACAACGAUAGUCCGAAAAGAUUAAUCGAUCAAAGUUUGAAUAGUGAUAACGUGUAUUUCUUAAAAGAAAUUCAAUUACUACGUGAAAUAAACCUAGAAAGUGUUCAUUUUUUACAAAACGAAAAUGAACAGCUUAAAAGAUCUUUCGAAGAAGUCAAUCACGAAACAGAAAAAUUAAAAAACGCCCUUCUGAAACAAGAAGAUUACGUACAAAAAUUUAAUCAAUUAAAAGAAAGUCACGAAAACCUUUUAAAUGAAAAAGCUAGGCUACAAGAUGAUUUAAAUAACAAAACCUUUGAGCUCGAUAACGUGCUACAUGCUUUUCAAUUAACAAAAAAAGAAAGUGAAUCUUUGUUAGACCAGUUAAAUAAGUCUGAAUAUUUCCAGGAAGAGUACGUAAAGUUAAAUGAAGCUUAUCAAAAAUUAAUAACCGAAAGAAAUUUAUUACAAAGCAAAAUGUCACAAAUAGAAAAAGAAUUAGAAGGUUCACUUAACGCUUAUAAAAAUAUGAGAGAAGAAAACGAAGUGUUACAAUUAAAUUUGAAGGAUAAAAUAAAUAUAGAGGAAUCAUUUUCCAAUCUAAAAGAAAAUUAUAAAAAAUUAAAAGACACAAACAAUGAUUUACAAAGAGACUUUAACGACAAAACUGCCGAAAUUAUUGACUUAUAUAAUACGUUGGAAAACAAAAAUAAGGAAAAUGAGCACUUAAAUGAAAAAAUUAAAAAUUUGGAGGUUCAAGAUCGACAAGCAUCUUCUAGUAUAAAUUCUUUAAAAACUAAAAAUUCAAAUAUGAAAUUAAAAUUAAACACACUAACAAAUGAGUAUGGGUACUUAGAAAGAAACUUUAAAGAAUUGACCGAAUCUCACGAAAAACUGAAAAUAGAAAGAGAAAUUUUAGAAAAAGAAUUACAAAAGCAACUAGAAAUUUUGAAUAAAUUGCAACAAGAAAAUCUCAGUUUAAAUAAUGAAACCAAAAGUCUUUUAAUCCAUAACGAAAACUUAGAAAAGGCUUUGAUACAAGCCCGUGUUGAGGAUUCAACUAAAUCUGAAUCUCUACACGUCUGCUAUCAGGAUAUUAAAAAAGAAAUAGAUAGUCUUCGAGACGAAAAAAUAUCUUAUCAUAAAAAGAUAACAGACUUACUUGAUAAAUUAGAGGAAUCGGAGUUUCUUACAAGUGAUCUUUCAGAACAGAUUAUUAAUAAAGACAAGAAAAUAUAUACUUUAGAAAACCAUAUCAACGAUUUAGAAGUUGAAAUAAGAAAACUCCAAUACAAUUUGAAUGAAGUAAUUGAAUCUGGAGAGCAAAUAAGGCAGCUUAGCUACGAAAGAAUUAAUCAAUCUUUUAAGACGAUAGAGGCGCAUCAUUCAAAGGCAACACAUAAUAUGAAAAUGGAACUGGCAAAACAACAAAAUGAAAAUAGAAGCCAACUAAAUUCAUCAAAACUAACUAUGGACGACUCAUUAGAAGAUGAAAAUAAGAUCCUUAUACAAAUAAAAGAACUGGGAGAAGAAAGACUUGAAAUUAUUUCCAAAAUAAGGGAAUUAGAGCUAAGAUAUCUUGGAGAUACUAACUUAUCCAAGAUUAACAGUACAGUCAAAGAUAUUAUUGUAUCGUUGGACCGAAUAAAUGAAUAUAUUAGUGAAAAAAAUUCUUCCUUUGAGAAAACUUUAUCAAAUGUACAAGCUUCAUAUCAAUUACUUAAAUCCAAAGCCCAUGAAGCUAAAAUCAUUGCAGAAAAGGAAAGACAAAAUAUAAUUAAUGAAAAAGAAGAAAUACAUAGGGGAAGAAAAAAACUCGAAGAACAUCUAGAGAACCUCAAAAAUGAGAAAAUCGAGUAUGAAAAGGUUAUAAAUGAUUUAGAAGGUGAAAUUAUGAAUCAUAAAGAAGAAAAUAUAUCCCUUCAAGAUCAGUACAAUAAUUCUCUAAACGUUAUCAGGGGAUUACAAGAAAAAUUAGACACAGAAAUUAAAGACAAAAAUACCUGCCUAGAACACACCGAAAAGGCAAAAUCUGUCAUAGAAGAAAAAAGUAACGAAAUUUCUAAGCUGAAAAAGUAUUUUGAAGAAAUAAAAAAUAAACCAACCACAAAUUUUACAACUCAGACAGAUGUACUUUCAGUUAGUAAAGAUGAUUACUCUCAAACUGAAACCCAAGCCAGCUUAAACGAAUAUAAAAAUGAAAGUAAUUAUAAUAUUUUAACAGCGUCUAUAAAGAAUGCAUCCGAUUUACUAAAAUUUAAUAAAGAAAAAGGGAAUUUAAAUCUUACCGAUUUUUUUAAAACUGAAGACGGAAAGCUUACUGUUGAUAGCGUAAAAUAUAUCUAUAUGAACUACAAAAUAAAAAACCUUAGUCUUGGCAGGCUUGAACAAUAUUCUAUAACGGAUUUACAUAAUUAUGAAAUUUUGAAUGAUAAUGAACGCAAGAUAUUAGAUAACGUUGUUUAUGUAAAAUCCCCUGUGUUCAAUAAUUUAAACUCAUCGGUUAACAAUAAUAGUGUUAUCGACAUUUGCAGUACACAAAUACUAACAAGUACAACUAAAAAUACUUGUGAUAAUGAUAAUUUUACAAGCAAAGACCAAACUGAAAGUUUAAAAUCAUGCAGCAUUGAUAAAAAACACAAAAACUUUGAAAAUGAUUUCGAUAGCUUUAAAGAAAAUAUUGUAUUUGAUGAUUCACCUAUAUCAACAGAUAAAGAUAUGUUUUUAAUUUAUAAAGAAAGUGAAAGCAUUUUCGAUGAUCAAGGUAACAAUGACAACAAACCUUGGUCUCAAAACGGUUUGACAAAUAUGAUAGUGGAAAGAGCAAUUAUUCAUACAAAUGAAGACCAACUUCAAACAAGAUAUAAAAUCAUAAAAGAUAUUAAGAAACAAUCAGCUGAUGGAGAGAAAGAAGAUGAUAGCGUUAAAAUGAAACUAAAAAUUAAAUUACCUAGAGUUUUUAGAGAUCUCUCAACUACCACUGUAUCCGAUGCAGAUACAAAGUCUUUAGAUUCUUAUAAUAGAGCAAGAAAUGCUUCUUCUAGAUGGGUAAUAUAUUCCGAUACCAAAAUUAAUAGUAAUAGCUCGAAAAACGCAGAUGAAUCUAAUCUCACUUCUACAAUUUUGAAUGUAAGUGAUGAUCAAGUUAUUGAUCAGCAUAAGAAAAUUUCUAAACAUAAUGUCCAUUUGAAAAAAGAUUUGCAGAAAUCGCAAACUAAAAGCAUUAAAAAAACACAAUACAGACCUAAUGAUGUCGACACUACAGAGACUCAAAACGAAGAAAUACAAUCAACUGUCCAAUCAAUUUAUAAUAGUAAUUCAAAUCCUAAUUUAUCUCGUAUUAACGCUAAUACUUCUGUUAUAAAAGAUAUUGUUCGUAAUGAUACAAAUGAACCGAAACUUUAUGAAAAUAAUGAUGGACUCAACUACGUUCUGGAGUUUGUAAAAAAUAAUAUCGGCUUUAAUAAUAAUCUUAAUUUGGAUAAUGUUAUACCCUUGCGGAAAAGUUAUAGCGGAAAAAAUGUGUUUGUUAAAAGUGGAUCAUCUCAAUCUGAAAAAUCUAGUUUAUUAAAAACCACACCUGAUGAAUCUAUAUCGGCAAAAUCGAACAUCAAGCCCACAAACAAAGUCACCGAUCGUGGCAUAUUAGUAAAAUUAGAUGUAGCUGAAGUAGAUUAUCAAAAUAAAAUACAGCAACUUACUGAUACUCUAAAAGUUUUAGAAAAACAUUACAAUAAGAAAUUAGAUGCUGUUAAAGCUCAAUACGAAAAUAACAUCAAGCAUAUUAUAAGUGAACACAAUCAAGGAGUUGAAAAUAUUCAAUAUCUUCACGAAGAAGCAGUACAUGAAAUAAUAAAUAAACAUGGAAAUGAAAUAGAAAACCUUAGAACUAUGAGUAUAGAAGCUAUGCGUAAAGCAGAAAAACUUGGUAAUGAAAACCGUUGUUUGAAAUCAAAACUUAACAAUAAUUUGAUUUUGGAUGAGAUUCCAGUCAAAAUUCUAACGCCAGAAUUGAAAAAGAAAAAAGGCAGAUCUCGAACAGAAAAUACAACGUUAACAAAAACAAUUGUAGACGCUUUUAAUGUAAAACCAAAAAAUAGAUCACACGGACCCUGUACUUGUUCGCUUGACAUAAAUAUUUCUGACACGAUACGUAACAUAUUCGAACAAGUUGAUGCUGAUCAACGGAAAAUGGCUGAGAUGGCAUAUUUAAAAUAUAUUGCUAACAAAAUAUUAAACGAUACUGUUGAAGUUUUGGACGCUCAGGAGCUAUCUUUUUUGCAUUUGAAAGUAUGUCGGACAUGGAAAGCAAGACUAAGUAAGGAGGAAACUCUUCAGAAAAGAAAUGGCUCAUUAAAGAGCGAAUACAUGAAUAAACGGCGACAAACACAGAAAAAUAUGGCUGACCUAGAUCGUAAAGUAGCAGAAGAAUGGCGUCGCCUACAGGAAGUAAGAGAAGCGGUUUGCAGAAGUACUCCAAACCCAACUCGUGAUAAUAGUCCAGAAACAACAAAUAAAACGCCAGCUAUUGCCGAGAAGGAUGUUUGUAACUGCAACUCCGUAAGCAAGAUUGCUGUUGACGAAAGGCGAUCCGCAGGAGAUCUAGAGCUAAAACAAACAUGCACUAGACCUAAGCGUGGCAAAUUGGAGACACAUAGAGCAGUCCUCGCUAAGCUUGAUAUUGAGCAACGUCGAGAGAAGAAACUUUAUAAUGACGAGACACCGACACGUCUUAAACGUUCGCAAGAUCGUCAAAAUACUCGGACGGCCAAAAAAUAGUUGACAAUUUGAAAAUGGAUUCAAAUUAAUACUCAAAAAUAAUCCACUACAAGAAUGCUUCAAUAACGUCAUGAAAUUAUUAAAACCAGUGUUAAAGUCGA